AUGGUUGUUGGAAGUGAGUACGGGCUUGGUGAAUAUAAGUGGGCUCCACUCGUUUUCAUCCGGACCAUCCCUUUUCAUGGACGUCGCCGAUUAAGCCCAAUCCAUCAGUGUUGGUUCAUCCCAUCAGAAUCUUUACCAAAAUCAGCGGCUUUUGGUUGUGUUGUGCGCAACUGUGGUAUCGCGCACCCUGUAAUUCUGCUUUCUAGCAUCUUCCAAGUUCUACCUAAUCCCUGUUCUCUUUCUCAUCUUAUCAACUUCUGCCAACUUCUCUUUCAUCCCUUGCCUAUUUCAUCUUCUUCUACGCUUUUCUGGCUUUUUCUCGGUGGAAAUGGAUCCCACCCAAAUAAUUUUCCCAUUCUCUGCUAUGCCUUGCACCAGUUGGACCCGCACGCCAGUUCUCCGCUUCCCACGGAGCUACAUCGAACUCUUCUGACUCAGUUCCCUCACUUGACCAACCCCAAAGUCUUGGCGGCAAUGACCCGAGUCAUCCCUGAGCUUCAAAUCACGCAGACUCUGUCUCUUCUACGAACCCUGGGUCCUCGUCCUGAUCCUUCUGCGGUUGCUUUCGCGCGGCUGAAGAUCGCGGAGAUUCGCCGCAAGCUUGAAGAAACAGAGGGGUUGAGAGAGGGUGAUGAGAAAGAGAUGCAGAUUUAUGAGGCAAUGGUGAGGUUGGAGGACAUGCACGACGAGUAUGCGAAACAGUUGAGGGGAGCGGAAGAGAGGUUAGUUGGGGUUUAUUGGUCAGUUGUGACAAAAGAAUCGGAGAAAGGGGGUGAGGAGGAGGAGGCGAAUGCAGAAGUCAUUGAAAUUUUGAGGAAAGCGGAGAUAGAGGAAGUGGAGAGGGUUCAGCUUUCUGGGCGGCAGCUAAGGCUCCCUGAGGCGUUUGGCAAGACUCCAGGGCUGGUUGUGCUUGAUUUGUCUCGCAAUCAGCUGAAGAUGAUCCCUGACUCAUUGGCAGGUCUGCAAAAACUUGAAGAGCUUGAUGUUUCAUCGAAUCUUUUAGAAUCACUACCAGAUUCAAUUGGAUUGCUGCUCAAUCUUAGGGUCCUCAAUGUGUCUGGAAACAAGCUACGUGUACUUCCUGAAUCCAUUGCACAUUGCAAGUCACUUGUUGAACUGGAUGCUAGCUUUAACAACCUAAUGUGCCUGCCAACAAACAUGGGCUAUGGGCUUACCAAUCUCGAGAGGCUUUCGAUCCAUUUGAACAAGAUUCGACUUCUUCCCUCAUCUAUUGGUGAAAUGAGGUCUCUUAGAUAUCUUGAUGCUCAUUUCAAUGAGCUGUGUGGCCUCCCACAAGCAAUUGGAAGACUGACAAACCUUGAAUAUCUAAACAUUAGCAGUAAUUUCAGCGAUUUGACUGAGCUUCCUGAAACCAUCUGUGAUCUAAUUAACCUGAGGGAACUCGACCUCAGCAACAACCAGAUUCGAGUGCUUCCAUACGCAUUUGGCAGGCUUGAAAAUUUAACAAAGCUCAACCUAGACCAGAAUCCACUCGAAAUCCCUCCGCCGGAGGUUGUAAGACAAGGGGUUGAGGCUGUGAAGGACUUUAUGACUAAGAGGUGGCUUGAGAUCGUUGCAGAAGAAGAACAGAAAACCAUGGCUGAAACAAAGAAACAGCAACUGCAAGCACAGGGCGGAUUGAUGGCUUGGGGUACCUCAUUGUUGAAUGUUGUUUCUGGGGUUUCUGAAAGUGUUGCAGGAUAUCUGGCUCCUAGAAAAGCCUCAAGAGACCCCUGGUUGGAUCAGCAGUUGUGAUAAUGUGAUAUGAAUAAGGGUAAUGCCACGGAGAGCUUGAUCGUCCCGUAGCAAAAUCCUAUUAUGCUAUUAACAUUUAUGGAUUAACUCACCAGUUUAUGACUUCUGUACAUAUUGUUGCCUUGUGUUUGUGGGAUGAUGUCAUCCAGAGAGCUCUAGGUCUCUCUGGAUCAGUAUCUCAAUGCAUGUGAUAACACCUUGUGGAUGUGAUAUGAAUCAAUAGAACAUGGUCUUUCAGAGUGAUCUGUAUUACGUUAGGUUGUGAUAUGAAUCAAUAGAACAUACUCUUUCACAGUGAUUUGUAUUACGUAAUGGUUGUGAUAUGAAUCAAUAGAAAACACUCUUUCACAGUGAUCUGUAUUA